AUGCAGCGGUGUCACGGAAAGGACAAGGCGGCUACCAGCGCGACGCCGCACCACGCAAAGGGCAAGGCGGCCGCGAGCGCGAUGCCGUACCACGCAAAGGAUAAGGCGGCUACUUGCGGCGCGAUGGGGCCGAAGCAUGUCCUCGCAGACGAGAACAUCGUGCAGGAGCACUUAGCACCUCCGGAUCGAAUUCGACAGAGGGGUUUGGAUAGUGCAAAGGAGAGAUCAUCAUCGCUGGUUAUGGGCUUCCGUAGAGAGAUGUCGCAAAAGCGAGGGGAGAAGGGGGAUACAACCUCAAUACAUCAGAAGCAUAAUGCAAAGGAGAAGACUUGCCCCCCUGAUCUGCUCCGCCGGCAGACGCAGGGUAUCCAGCGGCCUGUCAAGAGUCUUGCCGGAGAGAUGUCGCUGAAGCAAAGGGAGAAGGUGGGUACAGGCCUGAUUCCACAGGCGCAUAAUGCAAAGGAGAAGACAUGCCCCCCUGAUCAACUCCGCGGGCAGACGCAGGGUAUCCAGCGGCCUGUCAAGACUGAAGCACGACUUGCUGGAGAGAAGAAGCACAAAACUGAAGCACAUCUUGCCGGAGAGAAAAAGCACACGAAAGGCAAUGCGUCUUUUCCAGCGAAAAGAACCACUACACUACUCAAAGCAAGAACGAGUUCCCACUGUUCCGAUGAAUGUACCAGUCGUCCCAUCGAUACUAACGACCAUGGCAACACUGUUGCCACCCCGGAACAGAGGGAAGAAUCUGCCGCAAUCAAGAUAGAUAAAGAAGUGGAGUACAUAACCCAAAAGUUGAACAAGUUGGGAGUGCGAGAUGAUAUUGGCUUUGAGGAGUACUAUAAAUGCUUGAUGAAUCUGCCUUCCGACCCCUCCGUUGAUACUUCCAUCAGAUUGGAUGAUACAGAUCUUUAUGACAUGGACAUCCGCCACGCGGUGUAUCGCAUCAGAUCCUACAAGUUGUCACAAAAGGAGUCUAAGAAUGAGUUGUGCCAUGAUAAACUGAAAGAUUGCCCUGUGGAGCUUCUUGACAGGGACGAAUUUCCUACAGAUUUCCUCGUGAAGAUGCAAUAUUUUAGGUUCUUGGAGGAAGAAGGUGUAUUAGACUGGUUCUUCCACCCUGAACUCUGCAAGCUUGCUUGCCUGAAUGACUACCAGCGUCUAGUGCCUCGGGAUCAUGGUGCUGUUUUUGAUUGGGAGUAUGCUGAUUGGGAGUUGUACCGCAGUUACUUUCAUAGCUAUGAGAUGCAACAUGAAUACAUCGAGUACUUUGAAACAUUAUUAAGGGAACUUAAGUGGUUGAAAGAUUGUCUACCGGUUAACGAUACUUCUCCUACUGCAAGCAAAAUACGGACCAGAGGAAUUUAUCAAGCAACUAAGAUUGCCACUCGCUUUCCCAAGAUCACAACUCAUUUAGUUCGUAUUGGCUUCAGUGAUUGUCUUACUUACAUGGGCAUUGAGGCUAGGUGGUGUAACGGAUCCGAUGGUCUCCAUUUCGAGAUAUGGAAGCGAGUCACUCAACAAAAGGAGAGUUUCGAAAAUGCUUUGAAGGAAGUCUAUUUACUGAACAAGUGUCCGUCGCGGCAAGAUAGCAUCAAGUAUGCCAUAGAGUAUGACCAUUCCCUUAUGAAACUAGAGUUUCUUCAUUGCACGGCAAGUGUUCCCAAGGAAGUAUCAGAGGAGAAAGCUCAGGAGUUGAUUACAGAGAAAGUUAAAAAGCUGAGGAUAAAAUCCAAAUUCUUUGACGAGUAUAUCAGAAAGAAGAUACGCAUUGCCAAAGCUAUAAGAUUGAUUACCGAGGUUUAA